CCUAUGAUUAUCUCCUUAUACCCCCACACUCGCCCCCCACAUGCCUAAUUUGGUUCCAUUUGCUUGAUUAGUUCUCGAGUUAUGCAGAAAUUUCUGUUUCAUUUGUAUGGGAGCCCCCCCUUACAGAAGGGGGAGGGGUCUCGAACCAUCAUAAGAACCUUCCACGGCCCCAAAAACCCCUUGUUAAUCCCGCCACGUCCAAUGGCCCGACGAGCCCCAGCAGCCCCACCGCUACCACUGUGACGGACGCAUACACCUCAACGCGACCACACCCGUGCGUUGGUCAGAGGAUCGUCGAUCGUAUGAAAGUCAAGCGGUCGACGGGUAAAAUAUGAAAACAAGCCAGAACAAUAGCUGAAUCGAGGAAGUAAAAAGUAAAAUUAAUUCUACUCGCAAGUGGUGUUACCUUAAUCUACCUAAUUUAUACUGUUAAACUUAAAUACUAUCACUAUCUAACGUGGCGAUUGAACUAGACUACAGUAUCUUGAUUAACUUAUAAUACUUUGAACUUAUCUAAGCUACCUACAGCUGAAGAAAACCUUAACUUAUAACCAUAAUAUCUUGCUCUAUGCAAACUAAUUACUGCGGAACGAAUCACCAAAAGAAUUUGUAAUUUUUUCCAUUUCGAUCAAUCUGCCGGAAUAAAAUUCACGGCUUCAAAAGAUUCGUUUUUACCGCCCAACAUCCUACAAAUUCUUUUGUGGCAAACUUUACGAUGUCUGGCAAGGGAUCGAAGUCUGGAUCGGCCAAAGGCGACCUCGCUAGAACUACGCUCACUGAUCGUCGGGAAGACGGAGCGAGCGCGAUUUAUUCGUCAGCGAGGACCUCGUCUGGCAUAGCCGACCCAAUAGUCAACACAACUGCAGUUGCUCCUAUCAACAGCCCCAUUGUCGCUGCGAGUGCACCGAAUGCUGCAGCGGUCGCGACGUGCGAUGCAGUGGGUUUGACGAACCAGGUAGCCAGCGCAUUGCACACUGCAGCAGUAGUCUCGGCUGAUCCGGUAAGGACAGGAAAUCCCCCUCCUACCCCCCAGGUAAAUGAUGACGUUGUUGCAAAUAAAGUGUAUGCCAUGAAGAAAGGAGCAGUUCCGAAGCAAUCGGCUUCGACUGUCAACCCUAAAGUUAAAUCUGUCCCUUCCAAUCUACACGGAAAGGACGUUGUCAGACGCAAUCCGGUACGUCAUGUGCGGCAUAUCGGUUCAAUAGCUGUGAGUUGUGUGCAGAAAGUGAUAAUAGUAGAAUGGUGCAGUGUGAUGGUUGCGAGAGAUGGUUCCACUUCUGCUGCGUGGAAGUUACUGAAGGAAUAGCAGAAGUUAGUUGGAACUGCCCAGUGUGUCCAGUAGGGCAGAGCGAAGUCAAACAAUCAAACCCAGCGGAAGACGUCCAAGCAGUAGUGCAUGCUGCUAAUCCAACCCCAAAGGACUCUGGCGAUGCGAAAUCAAGCGGAAAGAAAAGCAGCAAACGGAGUUAACAGCGGAAAAUUGACUUGAAGCUGCAGAAACUCGAGGAGCAGAGGAAGCUGGAACAAAAGUUCCUGGAAGAAAAGUACAGAAUUUUGGAAGAGGUGGAAGAUGACAGUGAGACGGAUUUGGACAACGAGGAUCUCGAGAAAAUGUCUACAGUUUCGCAAUGGAUCAAAGAUACGGAACGCGGCGGAGUAGUUCAAGACUCUGGAGUCGAAGAAGAGAAUCUUUCGGAAGAACCGAGGUUUCCACCUGGACUCGCCGAUCAGUCAGUAGUGGUCGACCAACGACAAGUAGGACAGCAACAUCGUUCGCAAGGAGGGCGGCGUAACACCAUACCAGAUUUCGCUCCCGAACAACGUUCUACGCCACAGACGCGGCUUCGUCCAACGGAUCCUACCUCUCAGCGUUACUCUACGUUCCCGGCAUCCAUGUUAAGACCGCAGUUUCCCCCUCGACCAUCAGUGACCGGUCCAACGCUCACGGCAAUGGAACCUGAACCAAUUCCUGUCGAGGAGACCAUAUGUAUCCUCAACCGAAGCCAGAUGGCCGCCAGACAAGCAGUAUCUAAGGACUUGCCUGAAUUCUAUGGAAACCCCGAGGACUGGCCACUUUUCUUCUCGAUGUUCACCUCAUCAACACAGAUGUGUGGCUUUUCCAAUGAAGAGAACAUGCUUCGUCUACGUAAGUGCCUAAAAGGAAAGGCACUGGAUGCUGUAAGAUGUUGGUUGCUACAUCCUUCCAACGUGUAUGGUGUCCUUACAACACUGAAGAUGCUCUACGGCAGUCCAGAAGCGAUCGUUCAAGCAGCGAUAAGGAAAAUUCAUUCAGAACCACCCCCGGAGAUCGAUCGUACAGAGAGUCUGGUCUACUUUGCGCUCACUGUCGAAAAUUUAGUAGCAACGAUAGAAGCCUGUGGGGUACAGGACUUCGUGUACAACGCCUCACUCAAGCUCGAGUUGGAACAUCGAUUACCGUCGAUGCUGAAGCUGGACUGGGCGAAAUACACUAGAGGCAAUCCGGCCACAAAUCUCGUGGACUUCAGUACCUGGUUAUACUCCAUGGCGGAGGAUGCAAGCGCAGUCAUGCAGACGUCCAUCAACGCUCCACGAAGUCGAGUCAACAAGAAAGAUGGAUUCAUCAACGUCCACACCGAAACUAGCAACGAUCGAUCCGGAUUCUCUGCAGCUCCAGCUAAAGAUACGCGUACCCAAUCGAGAGAUUCUCUAAAGGAAUGCCUUGUAUGCAAAGGUUCUUGUCCGUCACUUGCUAAGUGCAAAAGGUUCGUCGAGCUGAGCUACGAGUCGAAGUGGGCAGUAAUACGGGAAGCGAAGCUGUGCCGUAAGUGUCUUCGCAAACACAACGGCACCUGCAGACAGCAAAGUAAAUGUGGAGUUAGAGAAUGUACCUACCUGCACCACCCUUUGCUUCACUCCGAGAGAACCGAAGCCUCCAGAAACGGCUCCCGGGUGGAAGCUGCUACGAACACCAGUUGUAACGUUCAUCAAGCGCAGACAAACGACGUGCUAUUCCGGAUUGUUCCAGUUGUGCUCCACGGUCCGUCGAAGAUGAUUCAGACGUACGCUUUCAUCGAUGAUGGGUCCGAGCUAACCCUCAUGGAGCAUUCUCUUGCACAGGAGCUUGGGUUACAAGGACCAAACAAAGCACUCUGUUUGAAAUGGACAGGUGGUAGCAGAAGAAUGGAGAACGAAUCUCAAAAGGUAGAGGUGGUCAUCUCUUCUGUGAGAAAUACAUCCCAAAAGUACAAACUGGCGGAUGUUCGGACUAUACAUGAGCUGAAACUCCGGCCACAAACCCUGAUAGCUUCGGAAAUGCAGAGUCAGUAUAGUCAUCUCACUGGGAUCCCCUUCGAUUCCUACACUGAAGUAAGUCCGCGAAUCCUGAUUGGACUGGAUAACGCGCAACUUGGGCAUGCGCUCAAGAGUCGCGAAGGAAAACCAUCCGAACCGAUUCCCGUCAAAACCCGUCUAGGAUGGAUCGUGUACGGGAGCUGUUCGUCCAAUCAUCUCAGAAAUCAUGUAAACUACCACGCUGUACAAGCGUGCGAGUGCAACGAAGGUUCUGACGAAAGUCUCCAUGCAGCAAUGAAAAACUACUUCACUCUCGAUAGCAUGGGCAUCUCUAAGCCUGACAAGUUACCGCUCUCCGUAGACGACCAGAGUGCUAUGGAAAUUCUGGAAGUGGUGACACUACCCAAGGACGGCCGCUAUGAAUCAGGCCUUCUUUGGAAGUAUGACGCAGUGCGGCUUCCCGAUAGUAAAGCUAUGGCUCUCAGGAGAUGGGAGUGUUUAGAGCGGCGGAUGAAGAAGGACGAAGGAUUGGCGGAGGCACUACGUGCAAAAAUGGCCGAGUACGUCCAGAAAGGGUAUGUCCGGAAACUGACCGGAGAUGAACUGAGGCAUCGUCAACCGCGUGAGUUGUAUCUGCCAGUGUUUCCGGUCUAUAAUCCCAACAAACCAGGAAAAUUGAGGUUGGUUUGGGAUGCAGCAGCUACCGUCCAAGGAAUCUCCUUGAACUCGGUUUUACUGAAAGGACCCGAUCAAUUGAUGUCUCUACUGUUAGUCUUGAUUCAGUUCCGGGAGUUUCGAGUCGCGGUAUGCGGGGACCUACGAGAAAUGUUCCACCAGGUGUUGAUGAGGGAGGAAGACCAGCAUUGCCUGCGAUUCUACUGGAAGGAAGAUGCGGAGGAUGGUGCGCCGGAUGUGUAUGUUAUGAAAGUGAUGACAUUUGGCGCCUGCUGUUCGCCUACGACAGCCCAGUAUGUUAAAAAUAUCAAUGCGAAACGAUUCGAACACGAGUGCCCGCAAGUCGUCGAUGCCAUUGUGAGGAAGCAUUAUGUUGGCGACAUGCUUGCCAGCGUCGAAACGGAGGAAGAAGCUGUAAAGCUGGCACAGGACGUGAAACGCAUCCAUGCCGCAGGAGGUUUCGAAAUGCGAAAUUGGCUGUCCAAUUCAUCGACCGUACUGGCGUCCCUGCAGGCGGCAGCGACUAACGAAAAGAACCUCAGUGCUGGAGAAGAAGGAAACGUCACCGAAAAGGUGUUAGGCCUUUGGUGGAAUACGACUACGGACUGUUUCACUUUCAAGGUGUCUCCAAGGUACGACCAGGACCUGCUGUCCGGGGACCGUCGACCCACUAAACGUGAGGUGCUUCGAACGCUUAUGAUGAUGUUCGACCCGCUUGGCUUCAUUACGCACUUUCUCAUGUACCUCCCGCAUAAUCAAAAACUAUUUAUGAAGUGGUUCAUACUAUAGAAAUGAUUUAAGUCGUGCCGUUACUUCUUGAGUUAUCAUUCAUUUAUACUUUUACUGUACGCUCUUAUCGGUAACGUAUGGUAAAACAUUUUAUGUUGUCAAUACUACAUAUUCUUAAAAUAUGGUAUACCAUCCAACGAUAAGUAUUUAUUUUCCCUUUGAGAAAACCCUCAUUCAAAAAAUGCUAUAAUAUUCUAACUGAACUGUCACAGACAUGGUUAUGAUACGGUAUAUAAUCCAAAUACUAUCAUUAAUCAUCCUCCAUUAAUCACAAUAGAUCGAAAUUACACGCACACUGGGAUCUACUGAAUCCUAAUAUGAUGAUAAAAUGAUAAGUGGAAUAAUUUAUGUACUUGUAUUAGUGAACAAGUUUACCCUAUUUUAGUUUUGCUCCAGUUGCUUCACGCCAUGUUGAUUUGAAAAUCUAGAGUGUAAAACAAAAGUGUUUUACUUAAUUCAAUUAUGUACAAAUUGUUGUCUUCAAUAAAUUAUGUUGUCUUCAGUAUGAAGUGACUCCCGGGAAGAUCAACCAAGGCUGGUGAAUAAAUGUACAAGUUACUGUGAAUUUCUUUACCGGAAGACCUCAUCGGUGGCAGCUACUGCUGCUGGAUGGCAACCGUGAGAUAUUCGGCACCCGUUUGGCGCUGUUCGGCGACUUCUUGGGACCUUACUCGUUUUUUUUUUGUGGUGGCCGUUUCAAGUUGAGUAAAUAGUACUGAAAGUGCUUGCAGCUGAUUGACGAGUGGCAUGAUGUGGUGGAUUACGCAGUUGCGGCCGUGACCCGGUAAUACCGGUGUGAAACCACUAGCGAUGGUCCGUUAAGAUCGGCACGGACCGAGUAUACUUAUGUUAUGUUAUGUUUUAUACAUCGUGUUCUGUGCACAAUAGUGCCAUUUGAUAUGUUAUAUGAAAAUGAAUUGCUAUUGGUUGUUACGUUUAAUGUAAAGCGGUAGUUUUUUUACUUUUGUUUUGUUUUAUUGAAGGUGGAUUUUUCUUAAGAAUAAAUUAGUUUUUACACAAAACUGAAUCGUUAGCCUAAGGCUGAAUUCGAUCUCACAUUUACUGUCAACAUGGUACCACUAUACUAGCAGUUCACUUAAAUAAUGGUAUCAUGCUGUCAGUAGUUGUAAGAUUAAGGUCAGUCAUAAUCCCUGAUCCAAGAAAAAGGAAUAAAUACGAACUAUAUGGAAUAUAGUAAGUGCUUAUCGAAUUUAAUCGUUUGAAUAUAACACGAAAAUACACCAUAAUGUUAAAUUACCUAAAUGAACUAUUAACACAGUAUAACGUUUACUUUCCUUUUUAAAACCAAAUUUAAUAAUCCAAAUAUUCCAGAAUGUUAUGACAUAUAGUUCUAUGAUUUUAAAGUUGAUUAUACAAGAGCUAUAUGUCUUGUAUUACACCUGAAAUUUUGUUCUGAAAUAUCAACCUUAUUGAAUGGUAAUUAUACUUAACCGCCUUUAUCCCAUAUAGUUGUUUUGCAUAAUACAAUAUAUGGUAUCCUAAGGACAAUUUAUGGUAUUGUAUGCUUAUCAUUUUUAUACACGCUGACUAGAAUCGUACAUAUAUACUUAUUUAUGGUACAUAAUGAUACUGUGAAUCAUCCCUUUAUUGUUUACGAUUAUGCGGGCUGAAAGUACUGCUGCAGGAGAUUUGGAGAUCCUCGGUUGAUUGGGACACCCCCAUUGAAGAACCACAGUUCCAGAAGUGGCUGACAUGGUUGAAGGUUCUGCCGGAGGUAACCAACGUCCAGAUUCCACGGUGUUAUAGAGCGUCUGUGUCACUAGGAAGCAACUGCAAAGUUCAAAUGCACACGUUCGUUGACGCGAGUGAGAACGGCUUCGCAGCGGUAGUGUAUCUCAGGUUCGAAGAAGGAGACGCAAUCGAAACCGCGUUCGUGAGUGUAAAAACGAGAGUUGCCCCGUUGAAAUUCCUUUCCAUUCCCCGCUCCGAGCUUCAAGCCAGUGUCCUCGGAGUUCGCUUAGCGAAAAGCGUCGCCCAGUCACUAUCCGUUAGGGUGUCAGAACGCCUUUUCUGGACAGACUCCAGAGACGUUCUAUGCUGGCUGAACUCUGAUCACAGAAGAUACAGCCAGUUCGUAGCAUUUCGGGUGAGCGAGAUACUGGAAACGACUGAUGUGAAGGUUUGGCGAUG